AUGGGUGUAGAGGAGUCAGUCUACUUAGCAAAGCUUGCGGAGCAAGCGGAGCGAUAUGAGGCAGAGAUGGUUGAGAACAUGAAGGUCGUUGCCUCUGCAGACCAAGAGCUCUCCGUCGAGGAGCGAAAUCUCCUAUCCGUUGCCUACAAGAACGUCAUUGGUGCUCGGCGUGCUUCUUGGAGAAUCGUGACCUCCAUCGAACAAAAGGAGGAAUCGAAAGGCAACGAAGCCCAGGUCAAACUGAUCAAGGAAUACCGCCAAAACAUCGAGAAGGAACUCUCCAAGAUCUGUGAAGAUAUCCUUGAUGUCCUCGACAAGCACCUGAUUCCAUCUGCUCAAACCGGUGAAUCCAAGGUAUUCUAUCACAAGAUGAAGGGCGACUACCACCGCUACCUUGCUGAAUUCGCUACUGCCGAAAAGCGAAAGGAAUCUGCGGACAAGUCUCUCGAGGCCUACAAGGCUGCUACCGAAGUCGCCCAGACUGACCUUGCGCCCACUCACCCCAUCCGACUGGGUCUUGCCCUGAACUUCUCUGUCUUCUACUACGAGAUCUUGAACUCCCCCGACCAAGCCUGCCACCUCGCCAAGCAGGCAUUCGACGAUGCUAUCGCUGAACUCGACACCCUGAGCGAAGAGAGCUACAAGGAUUCCACGUUGAUCAUGCAACUGUUGAGAGACAACUUGACUCUCUGGACCUCUUCCGAGGCCGAGCCUCAGGAGGCACCAGCUGCUCAGUCAAGCGAAGCCCCCAAGGAGUCCGAGGCGGCACCUGCAGCGGAGGCCAGCGCAGAGAAGGCUGAAUAG